GUCAUCCAAUCAGCUGACCUGUUUUCCAACACCUCCUGCAACAUGUCCUCCAAUGAUUCAACAUUCUGCUCUCUUGUGGACGAAGAAGCGAGGGCAGGGAGCCCGUAUAAGGCCCUGGAGAUGUUUUUCAUUGCACUGGUUACUGGAUCUUUGAGCUUUGUGACUGUCACGGGGAACAUUUUAGUUAUGCUUUCCAUCAAAGUAAACCGCCACCUACAAACUGUCAAUAACUAUUUCUUAUUUUCAUUAGCAUGCGCUGACUUGAUCAUCGGUGCUUUCAGCAUGAACUUGUACACCGUCUACAUCAUCGUUGGCUACUGGCCACUCGGGCCGGUGGUCUGUGACCUGUGGCUAGCUUUAGAUUAUGUUGUUUCAAAUGCCUCAGUGAUGAAUUUAUUGAUCAUAAGCUUUGAUCGAUAUUUCUGCGUGACCAAACCCCUGUCGUAUCCGACAAGGAGGACAACCAAGAUGGCAGGGCUGAUGAUUGCAGCAGCGUGGAUCCUGUCGUUCAUCUUGUGGGCUCCCGCCAUCUUGUUCUGGCAGUUCAUCGCUGGACAGCGAACAGUGCCACCUGGAGAGUGUUACAUUCAGUUCCUUUCGAACCCUGCAGUGACGUUUGGGACCGCUAUAGCAGCAUUCUAUCUUCCUGUCAUCAUUAUGACAGUCCUGUACAUCCACAUUUCCCUUGCCUCCAGGAGCAGGGUCUCCAAACACAAACCAGAGAAGAAAGAGAAGAAAGGAAUAAAAACUCCCAGCUUGAUGAAGAGUCACCUGUUAAAGCAGAACAAUAACAAUGAGACCAGUCCUCAGGCCAGUCCCCGCUCUACUCCCAAAGUCAGUCUAGACUCAACUACCACUGCAGUGGAGGCUGUGAAGAAUGGCAGAGUGGAGGAACCAAAACCUCUUCAGGCUCAGGCACAGCCCAGCCCAGGACCCACACAGGAAAAAGAGAGCUCCAACGAUUCGUCCACAGCUUUUAUUCCCCCCACAGAACCAAAGGACAACACCAACAACCAGGUGAUAUCUGAGGCCGCAACGAAUCCCAUCCCAGUCGCCGCGACAACUGCCAAACCUGCAGUCUCCAAGAUCAACUCCUCGAGGUGGUCCAAGAUAAAGAUCGUAACGAAGCAGGCCGGGGACGAAUGCAUCACAGCUAUAGAGAUCGUCCCCCCUGUAGAGGGAGCCGAGAGGCAUUCAAUCCCAAUCAGCCGUCCUAGGACUGUGGCAAGAAAGUUUGCAAGCAUUGCUAGAAGCCAAGUGAAGAGGAAAAGACAGAUGGCUGCCAGAGAAAAGAAAGUGACCAAGACUAUCUUCGCCAUCCUGCUGGCUUUCAUCAUCACAUGGACGCCGUACAACGUCAUGGUGUUGAUCUCAACCUUCUGCCAGUCGUGCGUCCCCGACACCGUGUGGGCUAUCGGCUACUGGCUGUGUUACGUCAACUCUACUAUCAACCCGGCUUGUUACGCGUUGUGCAACGCCACAUUCAAGAAGACAUUCAAGAACCUGCUGCUGUGCCAGUAUAAAAAUAUAGGUACAAGAUGA